AUGCCAACAAACGGCUUCAACAUGCGGCAGCACUGGAUGCUUCCCAUUGUCCUCGCUCCAAAUGUCCUCUCCCAAGCGCCUCCGGCAAAGGUAGUCGUUGUUGACAUUGAACACUUCCAAUCUCUCCAGGCAGGGCCGUUCCAGCCGCUCAUGCACAUGAGCGUCGGCGAGCCGCCUCAACCUAUCAAGUGCAUCUUCGACACGGGCUCCUCCGACAUCAUUGUGCCGCAGGCCGGCAGCGCCGUGUGCAACCUCCCAAACCAGCAAUGUCGAAAAGCCCCUGUCGUUACGGGGGACUUUGAACCUGCCAAGAGCAGCGAUGUUAAGGAGGUGAAUAACUCGACAUUCAACGCUACCUUCUCAGGGGGCGACGGCUUCGACGGCCCGUUUGUCAAGACGACGAUCGGGAUUGGGGGCGCCAAGGUUGUUGAGUCGCAAGUUGCCUUGGCGGUGAAUGGGAGUCUCCCUGGCGAUUUCCCGCAGUUUCCAAUCUGUGGGGUCGGACCGGUGGAGUCGGAGCAGACGGACAAUAAGUAUGUUAAUAUGGUGGCCAAGAUGAAAGAGAAUGGGGUUAUUGGGUCUAAUGCCAUGGGGGUUGUGUUGAGCCGGAAUCCCUUUGAGAAUGGCACUCUUGUCUUAGGGGGUUAUGACAGGAGCAGGAUUAAAGAAGAACUGCAGGAAGUCCCCAUUGAUCCGGCUGACAAUGGCAAGAUUGUUGACUUUGUGGUCAAUAUGACUUCUAUUCGGCUACAGAUGAAUGAUCGCCCACCUAAGCAGGGCCAGCAGGGCAAGAACGGCAAGAAAGACAAGAAAGGCAAACAAGACCAACAAGACCAAGAAGGUCAGCAAGGUCAGCAAGUCCGCCGUUCUCAUUACGGUCGGGCUCUUCCCCGGCCUUCAGGUGGGAGCCAUAGGCAACAUGGAUUAAGUAAGAGGGAAGAUAAUAACGAAGGCAAUGGGGGCAACGGAGGCAACGGAGACAGAGGAGGUAGAGGGGGGAAAGGGGGCAAAGGGGACAAUCAAGGCGAUAGAGGUGAUGGGAACAACAGAGGCGGAGAAAAUAACAAGAAGGGGAACGGCAAAAAUGACCAAAAUGGGGGAAACAACAACAAGAACAAUGACAAGAACAAUGACAAAAACAGCAACCAAAACAACGGCAACCAGAACAACGGCAACCAGAACAACGGCAACCAGAACAACGGCAACCAGAACAACGGCAACCAGAACAACGGCAACCAGAACAACGGCAACCAGAACAACGGCAACCAGAACAACGGCAACCAGAACAACGGCAACCAGAACAACGGCAACCAGAACAACGGCAACCAGAACAACGGCAACCAGAACAACGGCAACCAGAACAACGGCAACCAGAACAACGGCAACCAGAACAACGGCAACCAGAACAACGGCAACCAGAACAACGGCAACCAGAACAACGGCAACCAGAACAACGGCAACCAGAACAACGGCAACCAGAACAACGGCAACCAGAACAACGGCAACCAGAACAACGGCAACCAGAACAACGGCAACCAGAAAAACGACAUCAUAGAUCUCGGCCUCAAGCCUUCCGAAGCAUUUACCCUCAUCGAUACAGGCGGCGUCAUCCUCCAACUCCCGCGUGACUCAGUCGAGGCCUUGGCCAAGGCCCUCGGCACAAGAGUCAGAGACGGCGAGCUCGACGCUGUCGACUGCGCCGUGGUAUCUGACAAUAAUAAGCUCCUGUUUGGAUUCAAUAACGACAAGACCAUCGUCGGCGUACCCCUCAGCCACACCCAAAUCUCCAACUCUGUGCUGACAGCAGAAGAUCGAGACUCUGGGAAGUGUAGGCUGGGGAUUGCGGCGGUAGCGCCGGAUGAGAACCUGAAUAGCAUGGGGUUUCCGUGGGCGUCGGCCGUGUAUACUGUUUUUGAUUUGGAUAAUAACAGGCUGCUGUUUGCGGAGGCGGUUGAGAAUUCCACCCAGCCAGAUAUCCGGCCGUUUCCCUAA